ACCAUCAUCACCACGUUUUGCUCUCCGUUCACUAAGAAGUCACUCGUUUCGUCACUUAAUAACCUCAAACUAGAAGCCACUGGACUUUCUCGUGAGGACUUUAUCCGAUAGCCGGGUGAUUCCCUAUUUCAAAUAACGGGAAGGUUGCUUGAUGUCGUCAGUGAACCUUAUAUCGUGUGUUCUAACACCAAGUGUAAAAGUUUUUAAUUGCAUUAUCUGAACGUAUUUUUGUAUCAGUGCACGCUUACCGAAUGGGUCGAAGAUUGCAGUGAUUAUACUUGUGAGCAUUAUUGAAGACAGUGGAUCUGGAACAAAAGGAAACUAGACGUCAAAGGGAUUACUUCCAAAACCCGUCGAAAACAGCGCAGCGGAAGCUGGGGGUGGUGGGGGCGAGUCCGGCAAGAAUCCGGAAGUCGAGAACCAGAGAGUCUCUACGAUUAUGGAGAGAGGACUGCACGAGAGGGACCGCGUUGGUGUCCAGGACUUUGUUCUCUUAGAAGAUUUUACCAAUGAGAAUGCAUUUGUUGACAACCUACGUAAACGUUUUCGCGAGAAUCUUAUUUAUACGUACAUCGGCCAGGUGCUGAUAUCGGUGAAUCCUUAUAAGAAUCUACCCAUCUACAAUGAUGAGAAUAUACAGUUUUAUCAAAAAAGAAAUUUCUUCGAGGCAGCGCCGCACAUAUUUGCAUUGGCAGACACGGCCUAUAGAUCUCUCACCGAGGAAAAUCGUGAUCAGUGCAUCUUGAUCUCAGGUGAAUCCGGCGCCGGAAAAACGGAAGCGUCGAAAAAGGUACUGCAGUUCAUCGCAGCAGCAACCGGUCACAAGAAGGAAGUUGAAACUGUCAACGAUAAGUUAAUUGGCAGUAAUCCGGUUCUCGAAGCCUUUGGAAAUGCCAAGACUAAUCGCAAUGAUAAUUCAUCACGUUUUGGCAAAUAUAUGGACAUCCAAUUCAACUAUCAGGGUGAUCCGGUCGGUGGUAAUAUUCUGAAUUAUCUCUUGGAAAAAUCAAGAGUCGUCCAUCAGACAUCGGGCGAGAGAAAUUUUCAUAUUUUCUAUCAACUUUUGGCUGGCUCCGAUGACGAGACUUUGCGUAAACUUUUCUUAAAGCGCAAUUUAGAUACCUAUUAUUAUCUUAGCAGUGGCACGAGAGGAGUCAUAGAUUCCAUCGACGAUAUCAAUCAGUUCAAGGAAGUCUUAGAGGCUUUAAAGACAGUGGAAGUCACUCAAUCCGAACAAGAUGAUUUGUUCGCCAUUGUUGCCUCAGUUCUGCAUAUGGGAAAUGUUGGUUUCACCGAAGAAGAAGGUAUCGCAAAGAUUCUUAAGCCAGCAUCCGUGGACGCAAUAGCAUCCCUUCUCGGAUGUGACGUCAAUGAACUGGCUAAGGCAUUCACUCAUCGCACCAUUGACGCUCAUGGAGAUGUGGUUAUUACACCCUUCAAUAGGGAAUUGGCAAUAUACGCGAGGGAUGCUCUUGCCAAAGCAGUUUACGACAGGUUGUUUACCUGGUUGGUAAGCAGAUUGAAUAAAUCGCUUCAACCGGCAGAUCCGCGUCGCAAUGUUAUAAUGGGAAUUUUGGAUAUAUAUGGUUUUGAGAUAUUCACAAAGAACAGUUUCGAACAAUUCUGCAUUAAUUUCUGUAACGAGAAACUGCAGCAACUGUUCAUCGAGCUUACGUUGAAGGCUGAGCAGGAGGAAUAUCUGAGAGAAGGUAUUACGUGGGAAAACGUGCAUUAUUUCAAUAACAAAGUUAUCUGCGACUUGAUCGAAGAGAAGCACAAAGGUAUCAUAUCACUUUUGGACGAGGAAUGUCUCCGUCCUGGUGAUCCGACCGAUCUUAGCUUCUUGGAGAAGCUAAACUGCAGUCUGAAUAAUCAUCCUCACUACAUCAGUCAUAUGAAGGCUGACAUACAAACCCAGAAAAUUAUGGGACGUGACGAAUUUAGGCUGGUGCAUUACGCCGGCGAUGUCACUUACAAUGUUCGUGGUUUUUUGGAGAAAAAUAACGAUUUAUUAUUCAGGGACUUGCGCGAAGUAAUGUCCCAUACAAAAAACUCCAUAACAAAGGCUGUGUUUGACGUCAAAGAUUUGACGAGUAAAAAACGACCAGAGACUGCCAUAACGCAGUUCAAGAACAGUUUAAAUAAUUUGAUGGAAAUUCUUAUGGGCAAGGAACCCUCUUACAUUCGCUGUAUAAAGCCGAAUGACUUCAAGAUGGCCAAUCAGUUUAACGAGAAGAUUGUUCUUCAUCAAGUCAAGUAUUUAGGUCUAAUAGAGAAUUUACGAGUGAGACGUGCUGGCUUCGCCUAUCGAAGACCGUACGAACAGUUCCUACAACGUUACAAGGCUCUGUGUCCUUUGACCUGGCCUCGGUAUGCUGGACCAGCCAAAGAAGGAGUGCAAGCCCUAGUCUGUCAUCUUGGCUACGAUUGCGAUGAUUACAAGAUGGGCAACACUAAGCUCUUCAUAAGGUUCCCAAAGACCCUCUUCGAUACGGAGGAUGCGUUCCAGUUGAAGAAACACGAUAUUGCUGCGAUAAUACAGAGCAAGUGGAAGUGUAUACUGCAGAGACGAAAAUAUCUACAAAUGAGGAAGGCGGCCAUUGUUCUGCAGAAAUAUAUUCGCAGAUGGUUGGCCAAGAGGGAAGCCGAGCGAAGGAGAAAGGCGGCAAUAACAAUUCGAAGAUUUAUAAAGGGAUUCAUUACGAGAAAUGGACCGCCUAACGAGGAAAACGUCGCCUUUAUAGAGUUGGCUAAAUCCCAGUGGCUCAUUAGACUCUCCAAAAACCUUCCCGUGGGUGUUAUGAACAAUACAUGGCCGUCGUGUCCUUAUGCUUGCCAGGAAGCGUCUGCACUACUAUUUGAAAUAUACAAGAAAUGGAAAGCUAGGCAGUACAGGCUAAGUCUUUCGCGAGAGGAGAUAGCACACUUCAAAUUGAAGAUUCUCUCUCAAGAACUUUUCAAGGGCAAAAAGAAGUCAUAUGCAAAGAGCCUGGGUCCUAGAUUCUUGGAAGAUCGUCUAGGCGCUGAGCACAAAGCCCUUAGGCAAACUUUUAUUACAAAUAUUUUACCACGUGGUGAAAAUAUCAAAUAUGCGACACCGGUUGUGAAAUAUGAUCGGCACGGUUACAAACCACGGGAAAGAGUACUGAUUCUUACAGAAGAAGCGGUUUACAUAUUGGACAGUUUGAAAACGUUCAAACUGAAACACCGAUUACCAUAUAAAUCAAUUGAAGAAUUAGUAGUUACAGGAGAAUCGGAUAAUUUAUUGAUUGUUAGGAUACCUCCUGAGCUUAAGAAGGACAAGGUGAUUAAAGACGAUGCAUGUGUUAAAUUCGGUGGGAAAACUGAAAAAGGUGAUUUAAUUUUGGAAGUGCCUCACUUAAUUGAAGCUCUGACCAAAGCGAUUGAUAUCACCAAAAAUCCAAAAAUCCUCAACAUUGUCAACAACGAAUCAGUCUCACAUAAGCUAGUCAGUGGAAAGGAAGCUCAAAUCGAGAUUACGACGGGUACAACUCCAGCCAUCAGUAAGAAUAGACAGAGUGGCCAUCUUCUAGUGGUGGCUUCGCCAUAGAAGCAUGCAACGAAGAACAGAUGGACGACGAAUAAUACGUACUUAGACAACGUGAGACGCACCAAUAUAUCGGAGCUAAGGAAGCCUUAACUAAUGUGAUUUUAGAAGAAGCAAAGUAUUACGAAGAGAUAGUAAUAAUAAUAUAUAUUGUAGAGACGUACAUUUCAUAAAUCAGUACGGUUGCGUCCUUGUACCAUAGUCAUGUAAAAAAAAAAUAUGAAACAAUUCUGAUUUGA